UUGCGAGCGUCACACUAUCGUUAUCACUUGCGAGUAGAGAAGACAAACGAGCACGUCAUUGCACAGGUACUAAGGUCGGGGGCGGCGGCAGCGGGCGUCCUGGCACAGGCCAUCACGCACGCGCGUCAAACUAGUCUCGUGACGUCAUGGCCCGCCAGGCGAAAUUACAAAACCGGCCGGGCGGCUGUACUGGGCGCGCCAGCAAGCGGCGCUGUGGCGCAGCGCAGUGACGAACGCGCUGCCGCCCGACCCCGACGCGCCACCGGCGCCUCACGUACCGUGGGCGGCGUCACGACGCUGCUGUGGCGCAACUGGGCGCAACGCGGCGCGGGCGCGGGGACUUGA